AUGGCCCUCGGCAAAACUGAUGUGCAAAAACAAGCAGAAGAAGAGUUCAAUAAUGAGAAAGGUCAUCCUGUGCAAACCCAGAGACUAAAGAUUAUGGAAUACCAUGAGAAGAAAGAAAAGCAGACAGAGCAGCAGAAAAAAAUUCCUAUGUCCAAUCUGAUGAAUCAAGCCAGACUCAAAGCCCUCAAAGUGAGAGAGGACCUUAUUACAGACCUACCAAAUGAAGCAAAACAGAGACUCAGCAAGUUGGUAAAAGGUACCAUCAGGCACCAAGUGCUGCUGGAUGGACUGGUCCUCCAGAGUACAUACCAGUUAUUGGAGCCCCAGAUUCUUUGUUGCUGGAAACAGGAUUUCCUGCUGGUAAAGGCUGCAGUACAAAAAGCUAACCCUACGUACAAAAUAGCCACCAAAAAAGAUGUUGAUGUCAGUAUUGAUCAGGAGGCCUACCUGCCUAAGAAGAUAGAUGGUGGAGUUGAAAUCUAUAAUGAGAAUCAUAAAAUAAAGUUUUUCAAUACCCUAGAAAGCCCGCUAGAUCUCAUAGCUCAGCAGAUGAUGCCAGAAGCACAGGGAACCUUGUUUGGUGAAAACGCCAAGAAGUUUUUGGACUAA